CGAUAAUGCACAGCCGUAAAUGGGCUUGGUACGCUAUCUGAAAGAAAAAUCAAGUUGUCUGCGUUCAAAAGUGUCUGUUACACAACAUACGGCCCGGUACCAAUCAUGACAAGGGAUUCUCAUCGCUGUGCUCCAUGGCCCCCAUGUAGUGGCUUCAAUUGACCUGCGCCAUGAUAAAUCGCAAAUGAGGUGGAGGAUUAGGCUGGAAGGCUGAGCUUGCCAGAUGAAGCAAUGCCCGCCGACCUCUGGGAAAUAGACUUAGAUCGCACACCUAGAAGAGAGUUCGAGCCUCACCAGAUGGUACGAUUUCCACUGCAUGCCCCUCCUCGAACUUGGUGAACAGCUAUCCGUAUACGGUGAUGGUGCGAGAAUCCUGGAAUCACAAUGGAUCAAUCGCAGUCGCAGUCGCAGUCCCAAUGUCGCCCUUUGAGAGUACUUUGUCUUGAUGGAGGUGGUAUUCGUGGUCUCUCUGAGUUGCUUGUACUCAAGCGGUUGAUGUAUUGUAUAAGACCUGGCUCCUCCGGCCAACCUCUUGUGAAGCCAUGUGAUUACUUUGAUAUUAUAUGCGGAACCAGUACUGGAGGAAUUCUGGCAGUCGCACUCGGCCGUCUGCGCAUGGAUAUUGAUGAAUGCAUAACCUUCUUCUGUGAUCUGAUGAAAGAACUAUUUCAAGAGCCUGAAGCGGUUAAGCUAAGGAACUUCUACCCACAGAAUUUCAUCAAAGGAUCAUGUAGAGCUUGGUUCACAUCACAGACACUGGUGUCAAAAGUCAAAGUGUUAAUUGAAACCCAACUCGGACCAGAUCAAGUUGACGCACAAUUCGAGCAACUCGAUGAAGGAUGCAAAGUGUUUGUCUGUGCCACACGAGCUGCAAACCGUGGAUCAGCAAUUUUUCGAUCGUACCCAUCAAAUCGAGAGCCGCCACUACCAUGUACGAUUUGGGAAGUAGUCGCGGCAACCAUGGCCAUGCCGCCUUUCUUCGACCCAGUAACGAUUGGGGGAUUGGGCGCUGUAUUCGCCGACGGAGCAGUGAAGAAUAACAACCCUAUUUGGGUUGCGGUUGAAGAGGUCCGGAAAGAGUACCCUGAAGAUGCCAUUGCAUGUUUAGUGAGUCUAGGUGCCGGAAAAUUACGGACACAAGGCCUAGGGUCGAGUAUGAGGGAUCUGCAUCGUGCCUGUGUAGACAUUGCGAGAGAUACCGAAGAGGCCGCGAGACUCUUCUUGAGCGAGUAUAAGCCUCUCGCCGAGCAGGGGCGGUACUUCAGAUUCAACGUCGAGCAAGGUCUACAAGAUGUGGGGGUAAACGAAUUCCCCAGCUCAGUAGUCGAUCUGAUAGAUGCCGCAACGGCCGAUUAUCUUGGGAUGCAGCAAGACGACCUUAACAGGUGUAUUGAAAUGCUCAAGCUUCCCACAAUUCCCAGCAGACGACCAAACGUUGAGGGACGCCAUGCGAGCAAUAGGGAUUUGCUUAUGUGGAUCGAUGCGAUUGACGAGUAUGAGACACUCUGGCAACUUUGGGCCCCGGACGAGGAUAGUUCAGAAUACUCAGAAUCCGACUUCGUUCGGAAUAGCUCCCUGAGAUUUCCAGGUACAUGCGACUGGAUAAAGACCCAUGAGGACGUCUCCGUUUGGCUGUCGUCACCAGAAACACAGCAUUGCUUUUUGCAUGGGAUUCCUGGAUCAGGCAAAACUGUUCUCGCAGCUUUUGUCGGAAAGUGGCUUCGUCAAGUACGAUCGAACGUACCAACUUUGGUUUUCUUUUGCGACAGCAAGAAUGAACGGAAGUCAGCAGCGGACAGCUUCUUCAGAAACGCAAUUGUGCAGCUACUCUACUACAAGCCACAUCUAAGCCAUCUUUUAACGGUGGAAAUGGGCAAGACCGGCAAAAAGAAAGUUCUUUCCUGGGCUCACCUGAAGUCAAUAUUCUUGCAACUACUUCACGAGUUCGAGAAGGUCUACAUCGUCGUCGAUGCAGUGGACGAGAUGAACACUCUUGGACAGGAUGUUCUCUCUGAAACCUUUUCCAAGCUUAGUGCCUCCCUUUCGGGCUCAACCACAGUGGCAACCUUUAUGACCAGCCGCACAAGGGCAGACGUUUUGGCGAAACUCUCAUUUUGCCACCAUAAUGUCGUCCUCCAACGAGAUCCCUUCGAUAACGACCUCCAGAUCUUCGUAUCUCUAUCUGUCGAUCGAAGUGAAGAGCUGCAAGCCUUGUUUGAGGGAAACUCUACAUUCAUACGUGAACUUAAGGAGACUCUACUGGCCAGGUCCGAGGGCAUGUUUCUUCUGCCCAAGCUUUUGCUGCAGGAGCUUAAGUCAAAGGAGACAAUGGAACAAAUGCGACAGGUCCUUACGGACAUACCUCAAUCCCUUUCCGAGUAUUACACCCAGUUCAUGGAUCGCAUUGAACCCUCGAGGAAGAACUUCGCUAUGAGGGUGUUCAGCUGGCUCGCCUGUACUCUUAGGCCACUGUCGCUCGACGAGUUGCAGAUCGGGCUUCAAUCGGAAACGCAGAUCCUAAAACCCGAAGCGCGAUACGAGCUUGCAAACAUCAAAUACUCCAUUGAAAAGGCCUGCAGUUGCCUCGUGGUUCUGCAUAAAGGCCAGGUUCAAUUGGCUCAUUCUUCUAUCAAGCGGUACCUCUUGAAGCCUCAGACACAGGAUGACGGAAGUAAUCAUGAAAGCUUCAACUUCGAUAUUGCUACAGUUCAUGAAGGCAUCGCUCUAGUCAGUCUGAAGUAUCUACUGUCACCAGACUUCUCUAUGCCACUCUCUGGCGAAGCGCGCUUUUCCACGAAUAAUAUUGAUAAUCUGAAGACCGAGUAUCCGUUCUUACUUUACGCCUCUCAGAAUUGGCACACCCAUGUCGGAAUGAGUCCCCGCAAAUCUUUCCACUUACUUACCACCCUUUCCGAAUUUUUGGGUUCAGUAAAUUGUCGCUCGUACAUCGAAUUGGUGUUCUCUUAUUGGACGUUUCCUAACGUAACUCUUGAGGAUGUGAGCAACAUCCUGAUUAGUUGGGUUUCCAAGGAGCCUGACUGUGAAGAAGAGGCUUUCAUCUUUAAUUGGGGUCGGGACCUCUGGGAUAUCAACCUAGAGAUGUCAGGCCUCUUCCAAGAAUAUCCAUCCGAGAUCCAUUUCCUCCGGGAUCUGCUGCCCAGUACUGCUGUGUACGAUGAGGACCGUGUACAAAGAUCAUUUCUGAUUAUCCCACAGUCAUUUUAUGCUGUACAUGGAGCUGGAGAAGCAGUAGUCCAUGAAAGUGCGGAUGCAUCUGGACAAAGCGUUGCUCCAAAGUCAGACAGAUUUCUUCUGACCGAAUCCGCGAUGAUAGACUGGGAGUCUACAAUCUCAACACCGCAUAGAUACCUUCAAAACAUUGGCAUCCGAUGGGAGGUCAACGUCCAAAAUCUGCAGACGCAAAAGCGUUACGCACGUCAUUCCCUUUCAUUGUGUCGGCGAGAAGGAAUUUGUUGCUCUGUAGCGGUUGCACCCAACGACCAGCACUGUGCCGUAUCAUGGCCAGAGUAUCAGGACGAUGAUGCCACAGAGCCGCUGAAAAUCAAAACCUACGCAUGGUCUCUCCGCUGGGAUGAAUCAAGAUCACCAGUAUGGAGGAAAUGGGAGUGGACCGACCGUGCGUAUGGCUGCGACUAUACGAGAGCUGCUGGUUUUAAAAGAACCAAGAACUCAAUUGCUUUCACUGCAGACUCUGAAAUUCUGGCGACUCCUGGUGGCUUCUAUAAUGUGACAACGGGGAACUUGGCGUAUGCACCUCCGUUGUUUACUGACACUACAGUCUCUGGGCUAACCUUCAGCUCUAACGCGGAGUAUGCGUGGGGAUCUAAAGGCGGGCAGCACCUCAUUGUUUAUCGCCGGGAUUCGGAACAAAUAUUGGAGGCAAACAAAGAGCCGUACACUUUCUGUGAAGUUAUUGGUGUUGCCCCCGAUGGCAAGUCGGCCAUUGCUCUUCUUCAACGAAGGGAAGACUCUGAUAAGGUCGCAUUCCUAGCUCUGGUGACUUCUCGGUCCAACCGUUUCCAGAUAGACGAGAUCCAUUCCUUUGAGCAACAAGGAAAGGUACCUGAAUUACACGAGCAAUGGCAAUAUAUCCGAGGUUACUACGCUUCUGGAGGACAGAUCCACAUAUCCAGCAGCGGAAAAGUCGUACUUGGACUUCCAGUAUCGCACGUGAGUCAGUACACGGCUCUGAUGUUUAACAUACAAUCCCAUCGGUCCCCUACCCAUACUUCCCUGCAUAGAGCCACCCUGAAAACACCCAAAGACUCUAAGAUCUUAAGUGUCAGAUAUCAAAGAGGAACUGAAGAGCUGUACGGUUUGACAGAUCAAAGCGUAGUCUGGAGGUUCACCUCAGAAGCAAGCAACAAGGCCACUAAUACGCCGAUCGUUUGGGAGGCCCAGCCACAGAGUGACGAUAGAAAGCUUCGCAACUUUUUCAUAUCGGACUAUUCCGUUGCAGAGAAGAAUAUGAUAGUUGCGUUGCAAUUAGGAACCACUCGACCGAAGUUUGGCUCUGCAUCCUUGCACAAAGAGCCAAUCGAAUUUAGUUUCCAGAUCUCUCCGGUUACAAGGCUCUUAGAGCUCAUUCAAUCUCUCCAACGAACAGUUGUAACAGUUGAGCUAGGGGCUUUGACUAGGUGCUAUCGCCAAAAUACCAGCAUCAAUUCCUUGCGACUUCUAGGAUUGGGUCAAACGUCUACUCGUAAACUCGAGAACUUCAUCCCUCUGUCAGAUCAGUUGGUACGCGAUAUCGCGGAUAAGAAAUUAGGAGACAAAACAACAUUGCAGUUCUACUCCCACUUCACUGCGAAUGAGGACGGAUCACUGGUUGCUUGCCCUUCGGUGUAUGUGUCCGAAGAGGGUACUGGCCCGAAGGAUGACAGAAGGAUGGUGUAUGGCCAUAUCUCACUGAAAUGCUUGAACUCCGGGAAUCUAGCAAAUUUCAACCACCGUCUCGGGUCACUCUCCAAUGACGAGAGGAUCAUACAUCAUGACUUCAUUGUAAGGUUUGACGAGAAACGUCAACUCAUGGCCUUCGAGGUCCACAUAAUUACAACUGCAGGCCUUGAGGAACGAAGAGUACGCUACGAUAUAAACCACAUAAUUGCCUUAUCAACGGCAUUCCGAUCCUCAGCACGUUCACGAUCACCGUCGCCAGUUGUGGGACUUUUCAAUGCCCCGAAGAAGCGCGAAGCAUUGGCACUUCCUAGCAUCGCUGAACUGGACCCUGCUAUGGAAAUGACUUUCUGCAGUGAGAAGGAACGUCUGUACUAUCUAGAGCGACCAACAGGCGUUCUGGUGUCCGUGUCCACCUGUGAGGGUCAUGUAGGUACUUUCAAUUGGUCGAUUCAAAUCUUUGGAGAGUGGCCUGUAUUUGAGGCCCACCAUAUGACCAUAUCAAACAAUAUUUUGAAGGUUCUCGGCCUUACAUACGAGUACAUGCUAUGUUUGGUGGAAUUGGACCUGCAGAAAUUUGAGGGGCGAAGGCGUUAUGUAUCGUCUAUGUGGGGUUCCAACAUGGGAGACCGAGCAACUGUAUUUGCGGAGCCUAUCGAUACCCCAGACAAAGUUGGUCUGAAUAUCAUUGUCUGCCGGAAUCAGCAAACAGACGUAUCGAAGAAAUUGGAUCCGGAGCAAACAGAGGCCAAGUUUAAGCCAGCUGUGAUUUUCGUGCCGGAAAGGGCAAUGGGACCAUGGGUGCAGAUGGCCUGGGAGCCACCGGAGGAUUCUACUUGA